UAAAUUUAUGUUUCCAAAAUUCUCUGAUGUAAAUUUACUGUCGUUAACGAAUAUUGUUUUGUUAUGAGUACUCGUAUACUACAUGUUCUGCAUAAUCAGGGUAAACUUACGGUGAUCGGACGGCAUUAAGGUACUUAGGUAACCCUCUCACGCCGACCCAGCGAUCGUCGUCGUCGACGACCACUGAGCGUGUGAGCGACUACGCCAUGCAGACGUCCGACAUCAAGGCGUUGCUAGGUGACCUGGGUCGCGCGACGCUGCGAGGCGUGCGCAAGUGUCCUAAGUGCGGCACGUUGAACGGGACGCGCGGCAUUGCCUGUAAGAACAAGCUGUGUGGAGAGGUGUUCCGUAACGGACCGCGGCUGCGGUCGUCACAGGGCCUCGACGCCGUGCGCAUCGUCACGGGAUCCAACACGCAGGUGUACAGCGUGCGUCUGCGGGACAAGGGACCUGACUACCGAGGCUUCGUUCAGCUUCCCCUAGUACAGGGCGUGGACGCCGCAUCUGUCGAUCCCUCCAUCCUCGCACAGCACGGCAAGUGCUACGUCGAAACAUGUAUCCGCUUCAACGAACUCAGCCAGAACGCGCACGUUCCGUGUCUUCCCGCGCAGCUACCAGAGCCCAGUGUCGACAAUCGCGCUGCCCGAUUGCAGCUGCUUAUAACGGAGUCGGCGCCGCUGCCGCUCAAGAACUCUGUCUUGAACUCUCAGGCUCUAGCAAACGACACGAAGCAGGCGAUAUGGCUGCUAGCGAACGGAGACGACCGGCCACACUGGCUGCAGACGCUCGAUGUCGGCAACGUCAUGGUCGCCAAGUGCAAGGUGAGUUCGAAGCACGCUCUCGGCUUCCUUCACUUCUUCUUCACCGAUCCGUCUAAGAAGAAAGACACGAGCGACUGCAAGUUUAUCUGCAGCUGCCGAGAGUUCAAGUCGUAUAGAGAUCGCAUGCACUGCUCACAGAAGGAGCUGGACAGCCAUCGCAGGUGUGUACAUUUCUACGCGUGCAUCUGCGCGUUUGCUAGCGAUGACAAGCUGGCUGAGGAGUUUGCGUUCUACAUCAACCUCGAUCGCUCGACGGCGAGUCUCGUCACGAUCCUCACCGAGGUCACGGAUGAACAGCAGCACGACGAGAAAUCCGCCGCCGCCGCCACCGCGGUGCCUGACACAGAGAUUAUCAUACAGACGGUGGAGGAGCCGGCGGACAUGGAGACUGCACAAGCCAGCACCGCUCUCCUCACGCUACAUGACGCUGGCGGAGGCGGGGGCGGUGUCGGUGCAUUGUCACCCACCCCCAUGAAACGCGCCGCCACGCACAUGACAGCGUCGCCGUCUCCGGCGAAGAAGCUAGCGGUGAUCGGUGGCGCCCCCGUUGAUGAGAAUGAGCUGACGCUGACGUUUCACGAAUGGCUAGCAAGCAUCACUGACCGCAUCAACGAAAGCAUGCACUACCAGUUUGAUGGUCACCCUGAGCCUCUAGUGUUUCACGCACCGCAGAAAUUCUUCGACUGUCUGCAGCAGCGAAUCGCAUCCGGAGGCAAGAAGAAACGACUUCCCAACUCUACGACGGCCUUCGUAAGGAAGAAUGCG